AUGUCAACCUAUCUCCCUGAGGAAAUGGUGAUAAACAUACUCUCACGCCUACCUCCAAAAUCCUUCAUUCGAUUCAAGUGCGUCUCCAAAACCUGGCGCUCUCUCAUCGGAACCCCAGAUUUGAUCUCUCGAAACCUCAUCAACCACUCCACUCUCAUCUCUAAAUCCGAAGACCCCGAUAACCCUCUCUUCUUCCUCGUCAAAGCCACAGACAAAACCGACACCUCGAAGCACACAUUCUCGUUCCUAUCCUACGACAACCUCGAUCCAGAAUACACAUCCGAAGUCAUCCUUAACCUCCCACAACCAAACCACGGUCUCAACCUCGACAUUGUCGGUUCCUCCUCCGAUGGUCUCCUCUGUCUCUGCUUCGCAAGCACCAUCUACCUCUGGGACCCCACCACGUCAUCAGUGCUCGAGCCUCUCCCUCCUAUAACCCCUCGCGAAAUGGUCCGCGACCAAUUUCAGCUGGAUCCUCAGGUUGCUCGCGUGCCUUAUGGGAUUCAUACACAGUCGAGGGUCACAAUGUACUUGGAUGGGGGCUUUUUCUGGUGCGCGACGCCGCUUCCAUUAGAUAAAGAUGAGGAUGAGAAGAUUGUAUGCUUCGACUUUGCCAGGGAGGUAUUCAAGUCUACUUCAUUUCCGGACGCUAGUGUUAUUGGGAAUUUCUACAGUUGGAAGACGACUCUCACCGCGUUGAACGGGUCUGUUGCUAUGCUGGUUUAUCCUUUUGGGAAGGAGGUGGAGAUGUUGUGUUUUGAUAUAUGGGUUUUGUUUGAAUUUGAAAAGGCCAUUGGGAUUUUGGGGGUAUGGGAGGAUGUUUAUGGAGAGCAAAGAAGGGCAGCUGGUCUUGUAUGA